AAGUGGAAGAUCUGCUGUCUUCACUGAAAGAGAUCCAGCACACUUUGAUAGAUUCACAAAGCCAGGAAGACUUAUAUUUACUUCUACAACUGGUGCAAAAUAAAGACUUUCAGAACGCAUUUAGAAUUCACAAUGCCGUUGCUGUCCACAUGAACAAAGCUAGCCCCCCUUAUCCACUUAUCCCAAAUGUCCAGGAGUUAACACAAGAGGUACAGCAUGUUAUUAAGACAAGCCAUCCGAAAGAAUGUCAAGAACUUGAUGAUUUACUAAGCACACCACACAUCCAGGCACUUCUUCUUGCUCAUGAUAAAGUGGCAGAGCAGGAAAUGAUGCCAGAGUCCGUUCCGGAAGAUACGUUUUAUGAAAACAUCGGGCAAUAUGGAGACGAGAUGGUUAAGAUUGUAAGAAUAGAAAAGGCGAAAGAUAUACCACUGGGGGCCACAGUACGGAAUGAACUAGACUCUGUCAUCAUCAGCCGAAUAGUCAAAGGAGGUGCAGCUGAAAAGAGUGGGCUUUUGCAUGAAGGAGAUGAAAUUUUGGAAAUAAAUGGUAUUGAAAUUCGAGGAAAAGAUGUCAAUGAUGUUUUUGAGCUACUGGCUGAAAUGCAUGGGACAUUGUCUUUUGUACUUAUUCCAAGUCAACAGACAAAACCUCCGCCAGCAAGGGAAACUGUGAUACAUGUGAAAGCACAUUUUGACUAUGACCCUACUGAUGACCCAUAUGUGCCAUGCAGAGAACUGGGUCUUUCCUUCCAGAAGGGAGAUAUUCUCCACAUCAUCAGUCAGGAUGACCCCAAUUGGUGGCAGGCCUACAGGGAUGGAGAUGAAGAUAAUCAGCCUCUUGCAGGACUUGUACCAGGACACAGAGUAACUUCGGAAAUGGAUGUGUUGGGCAUCUACCUUCAGUUACCCAGUUUGACCGUUCCCGCUGGGAGCUCAUGGAUUGGAUUGGGCAUGCCACAGUUGAAUGAACGCACUGUUGCUGUGAAGGAAACGUUUUUCAUCCCUCCCAGGCAGUUUUUGUUCCAGAGCAUCGCUACCAAGAGUUGCAAACCGGAGUUUUGCUCCCUGCCUCAUCCACAUUUCCUGUUGUCAACCUUGCCAAAGUCUACUGAAAGCCCUAGAUCAGCUCCUUUCUCAGAGGGUUUUAAGUCUCUGUUCCAGAGGCAGAAAUGUUUCAGGGGGUUCUAUUCCAACCUGUUUACUGUGCCCAAAGCAAUCUUCGAUCUGAAGAUUCUUAGCAGGUUCCUACAGGUCCAAACGUUCCGUAUGGAAUCUACCCAAACAGUCAGAACCUUCUUUUUGCAGGGUGAUUUCCUGGUCUCCGUGGAUGUCAAGGAUGCAUAUUAG